GCAUGAUACUUGUCGGAAACACGCUAAAAUGGCGUCAACACUUGCUCACCGGUUACCAGUUCGGCAUCAUUGUGUUAAAUCUUCUUUCUUAAAUCGAUACUUUAGCUCAGCACUACAAGACAACGUUAAAUAUGACGUUUCUGCUGCUGAUACUGAUGGAUAUCCACCAGUUAAACCAAAAUACCCCCCUGGAGUUUGGGGAAAUAUGAAUCACAAAUAUGCAUGGAAAUGGUUUGACAUGAAAAACAAAAUGUUGAGUAUUCCUGAUGUUCAAGGUCGUCUAAUAGCUCUGCUUGAAAAAGACAAUAUUGCUAUGAUUGAUAUGCCUGCCAUGGACUAUGCUAUACACAACUUUCCAGAAAGAGUUCAAGAACUCAUUGAUUAUGCAUCUACUGUUAUGGUUCUAGACCCUGGUAAUGACCACCCAGCAACUCUGCAGUUUCGUCAAUAUGUAACCAAGACUUGCUUGCUGCCUUGGAAAGAUUCAAAACCAGCCAUUUAUGAAAGCUUAACAUUGAACAACACUGACAAUUUAGUUAACCAAUUGAAGCAACAUAUUUCAGAUCAUCUGCUUUUAGAAUCUGAAACAAUUACUAAAACAGAAAAGUGUUUCACAUCAACACCAGAAGAAAACAAAAAGUACAAGUGUCAGUCAUUAAUAAGAAGCAUAUCUGAAUUUCUCACCGCAAAACUUGCAAAAGAUCAUCCACAUCUUAAACUGUCACAUUAUGAUGAGGAUGUUAUUGUUCGAGCUUUUUGGAGUCGGUAUGGAAUAGAUAGGAAAAAGAGAAAAUACGUACAGGACCCUGAUGAAUUAUUAUUUGACACAGUGAAAGACCAGUUUAUUAGUUAUGACGGUCUUUUCAAUGCUAUGCUGAGGAGUCAUUUACCUUUACCUCAGGUAAAUGGGAAAACAUUUGGUUCUACAAUUAAGAAAAAUAAAAUUUUAGCUAAAUCCACAGCUGCCAAAUUGUACUAUAAUGUUUUAGUAAAAGUAUUUAAAAUUAGGGAUAGGUCUAGGUAUUUACAUCAACAUUCUACCUUUUAUUUUAGAAAGGGAACAUAAAAAAUUAAAAAGAACAGGCGUAGGCUUAGCUUGUACUUAUAAUUUAUUCUGUAAAAAAAAAAUUCAGUGCUAGUACUAGUAAGCCGAACUAACUAUGACUAUUUAGAAUGUGGGGUAGGGGAACAAAUCAUGCAUCAGAAAAAAUGGGACACACCCAAGGAGGGUUUGGGAGGAUACCCUCCAGCUGAAUAGGGGUCCGGGGGCCUCCACCGGAAUUUUUUAUUGAAUUGAAAUAUUUUGAAUAUGUUCAUUUUAAAUGUUUUGAGACUAGAAAUAUUUUUAAAUUUACAUUCUUUUUGUAAUUUAAUUUAAACUCUGAGGCAUAUCAUAAACAAAAACAAUAAUUUUACAGUGAAUAUGGCAGGGACAGUGUCGUUUAUGCGCAGAGUGGUGGAGGGGGAACAGGGCAGCCAUCACGUGAGCCCUCAUCACUACUGGCACUGGCUACACAGCUAGCCAAAAUAUUAGUUGAAGUUAUAUUAUAAAUUAGGUUUAUAAGUUUUAGUGUUAUGAAAAUGUGUUUGGUUUUAGAAACGAGACAUUUAGGCGUCCUGAGAUACUUUUUUGGGACACCGGGUGAGAUCGUGUAAAGACGGGACAAUCCCGUUUUUACGGGACAUUUGGUCACCCUAAUGUAGGGCCUAUUACAUAGCGGUACUGUAAUUUAAAUUUUUUUUUGUUAACUCUGAUUAUGAUGGAGUUAUUAAUAAUAUUUUUGUUAUAAAUAAUUCAUUUGAAAGAAAACUAAAACUUUAGUCAAAGUAUUUACUGACAAAUUGGUCGUAAUAUCAGACAACCCAGACUAAAUAUUGAGCUUCACGACUUCACAUUUAUUCUGUGCCUUGCCAUUUAACAUUUAUCAUAUUUGGGGAGAAAGCUUUUCUGUACACAAAACACAGAAGGGUUCCCUGGCUUGGAAUGUCUAAAACAGCCAACAAAUUACCCCUUAAUACUUUGCAAAAAAUUAUAUUACAUUUAACAGAUUUUUAAUAUAACCCACCAUUAUUUGAUUUUAUGAUAAAUUUUACUAGUUUUAACUACAAUUUAUUUAAAAUUUUAGUUUGAAAAUAGAGAAAGUGGUCUUAGCGUUGAAAAAAUGGCCCCAGCAAUUGAAUACAAGCCAUCAGUUUAUGGACAAGGAAAAGUUUCAAGAAAAAUUCCAACAAAUAUUUUGGCAGGUAAUAAGUUGGAUAAUUAUUAAGAAUUAUUAUACCUUUGAAUAAUAGAACAGUUGUUUAUUGUUUGGUCAAUUUUAGUCGCAUGGGAAAGCAUGUCAUUUUUUUUUUAAAAUUUAUUAUUGGUUGCAAAUCUGGCUGUUGAUUAGACUAUUAAACAACAAAUUUUGAAAAGCAUAGAAUAAAUUUUAUUUAAGUAAACAAUAUUUCAACAAAAGCUAGUAUUUGUGACAAUUAUAAUUUAAAUUGCUUUUCAGAAAUUAACUUCUAUUACUCUGUUUAAUAGAAAUAUGUUUGAUUAAAUUUGAUGAAAAAUACAGUGGAUAAGCUCUAAGUUAUUUCCGAAAAUUUUCAUUGAUGUUAAAAUUAGCAUUGCUUGUAAUCUACAUUAAAAAAAUAUGACAUUUUUAAAGUUUUUCUGGAGUUGCUUAAUUUGAGAUGAUGUAAUAAUAACUUGCCUUGGUCUUCUAUUUACAUAAAAUAAUAACAUCUUUGCAACAUUUAAGAAUAACUAUAACAUGUCACAUGUCCAUACCUGUUUAACCUCAAACUCUUCAAAUCGUACAAUAUCAUCACAGAAUUGUUUAAAACAUUAUCUUAAUUUUAAAAUAAUAAACCUACAGUAUAAACAUGUAUACACCUUAAAAUCGUACAUUGUACGCCAAAAUCGUAAGAGUAAACAGGUCUGCAUGUCACAGAAAAAUUAUCUGAGUGGCAGUGAAUCCAAAAAAUGUUAAAUGAAAAACAUAUAAUAUAAAAGAACAUUUCUUACAGGUCACAAGCUGGGUGAUCCUUGUGAGUUUGGGCUUGUAGGGCUGAUUUCUACCUGUGAUGCUGAUACUGUGGGGAAGAAUGUUAGUUUAAAAUCUGCCCGAGACUGUCGACUUGCUUUAGGAAUCACCAGUACAUUCAGUUGGCUCACUGCCCAAGCAAAUAAUCAAGGUAAAAUAGGAUAACAUAAUAUGUUUGAUUUGAAUCCUAGAUUUCCUGUAACAAAUUCAGAGUGGCAUAAAUAAUUAUUGAAAUACUUUUCUUUCUCAUUAGCGAUGUUAGUAAAUAUCUGUCAUCUUGCAGUAAUGUGAGUGACUCUUUUCUUGUAUGCAAAUCAAAAGUUUUUGAGCAUACAAAUCACAUGUAAUUUGUAUUAUUAUUCUUAAACCAUGUGAGUGAAACUACCCAGCUGUUAGACAUGUUUAUAAGUAUGAUGCAUUAACUAAAAUCAUUUAGAAGUCAUGGUGUAUCAUAUCAUUGCCAUUAUCAUACAUUACUACCUGAAAACUGAUUGAUAAUAAUUUAAUUUUACUCAACUUUUGAUUUUUUAGGUUUUAGCCAUUUUGUGGACCUCACUUACCCCUUAACAAGCCAAACAAUUUUGACAGAUGGACAGAACUUUACUUUUCUGGCAUACCAACUUAACACUCUGGAACUGUGGAAAGAUGACAGUGCUAAUAAAACUGUUAACCUCUGUUGGCAUACAGAUGAAAUGCCUCUCUAUCAGGCAGUUGAAAAUGGCCAGGUACUUACACUGCCUGUUAUUAAUAAAUUUCUUUGGGGAAUUAUUAUAGUAUUAUUAAGAAAUAGUGUGUUCCCAAAUUUUAUCAUAGAAAUUCACAGUCUACAGAGUUUCCAGAAAAUAUUUUAUGGUUUACCUCAGAAUGUUUAAUCAAUUCAAAAUGCAGUUUUAUUUUCCUAAUGCUAUAUUAAGUUGUUUUUUAUUGAUGUAGCUCGACUAGAAUUUUAAGCCAUCAUUAAAUUUUAGUUUCCUGAUUUCCAUAAAUGGAAGAGGUCUUGUUUCAAGACAUAGAAAGUUAUUUCAUAGUUAAAAUUUGUUUUGAGGCUUUAUUAUUUUGGAUUAUGUUUGUUAACCCACUCACUUCUCUCAAAUUUCACUCACUCAGGUGAAGGACUUCAACAAUGAGACCCUGCAGAUGCUGAUUAAAAUGUUUGCCCUUGCACCCAGUAGCCGAGGUUAUAAUAUGAAACCCACUAUAACAGAGAUAGAUGCUUCUCCUGAGACUGAGGAUUUAAUACCAAGGAAUGUUAUUGUGGAGGAAGUUGUAGAAGAAGAAAAAUACAUUAUCCAAUGAUAUUUUUGAAAUGGAAAAAAAAUUGUCCCUCCAAGUCUGUUUUUGUUGAAACAGACAGAAUUUAUACAAAAUAUCUAUAUAAUAUAAUUAGGGGUGUGCCGGAUCCGUUUUUUCCAACCGGAUCCGGAUUUUCUUAUGCGAAAUCCGCCGGAUCCGGAUUCGGAUUCCGGAAUAAUCCGAAUCCGGAUUCCGGAAUAAUCCGGAUUCCGGUUUCUCCCGGAUUCCGGAUUUUGGUACUACUGGUAGAUACUUCGGUAAGUCAAGGUGGACUACUACUUUUUGUGUAUGGGAAUUCGCAAUCGGCGCCAAAAAAUCCGAGUUUUUAAUUUUCCGAUGUGUGUGUCUAUUUAUUAUUAAAUUAGUACUUUCGAUAUAUAUUUGAGUUCCGUUCCAUUUGGAUAAGUGUCUUACGAGAGACGCCAUGUUUCUACGCGUUCGCAGCAGGUUAUGCAGCUCGCUCAACCUAAUUUCGCCAUGGGGUUGGCCACGCCCCCCUUUUUAAUGGCGGAAGUUGACGAUACUUAGGAAAUAUUAAUUUAUUAUCACUAUUUACAUCAAAAUAAUUGAUAACUUGUGUUUCAGAAUGCAUUUAAAGACAUUUAAACUGGAAUGUUUUAAUUUGAGCUUUAACAACCCGGUAGAAUCCAUAUUAUAAAUGAUCAGAAUUUACCGUGUGCAACACGUUGUCAUUGGCAACCAUUCACAGCCACUUGCAUAACUGUAUCGUAGUACUACCUCAGAGUUUCAUUCAUAAGAGUUUGCCGUGUGCAAAAACUAUUAAACCAUUGGUCAGGGAAAGCUUUAAUUAAUUAUUCAUGUGCCAAAGUUGAAAGUUUAAACUAAGUCUAAACAGUAUUUUAGUGAUAAGGCAGGGAAUGCGUUGCCUUAUAUAAACUAUAUAGUCAUUGCGCAUGACGGGAUUGGCGGAAUGAGAUCACAGAAUGUGGAGAUGCAGUCCAUGUUAAAAAAUGACAAACCAAGUCGUACUUUAAAAAUUCAUAACUUUAAAACUACAACAGCUAAAUAUAUGAUUUUGGUGUUAUAAUUCUUUAAAAAAUUACAUCUUUUCAACUAUGCCAUUGGUUUAUUUUUACAAAAAGUUUAAAUUUUCUAAUCAAAGUCCCUACACUAUUGGCCACUAUUAGCGGUGCUGACUCUAGCCUCUGGUAUGUACGGAAUAUUAAACAUUAAACAAGCUCAACGCUCGAAACAAUCGAUUAAUGUAUCGUGAUCGUGUGGAAUUCGGGAAAGAGAAUUACUUUUAUUUCAGAUUAUGAUCCGGUGAGUCACAAAAUCUGGCAAAUUCCGAAAUCCGGUAUAUUCCGGAAUCCGGUUGUUCCGGAUACAUGUAAAUCCGGCGGAACCGGAUUUCACCGGAUAGUGCAAAAUCCGGCGGAACCGGAUUCCGGACCGGAAUCCGGCACACCCCUAAAUAUAAUUAAAUAAAAACAGCAGUUGAAAUGUAAUUUUUAUUUUAGAAAUUAUCUCACUGUGUUGAAUUCAAGUAAAUUAUAUUCAAUAAUAAAAUAAGGUUAUAAGUCAUUGACUAAUAAUGUGUGAUUAGUGAUCGUGCAGUUGAAUUAAAUUAUACAAAAAAGCCAGUUUUAAUAAAUUUAUGAGUCUUGCUUGGUGCCUAGUGUUUAAUUUAAAGCAUUUGAUCCCAACAUCUUCCUCUAUGUGAAGCCAUUGUAAUAUAAAUAGGACAAUUAUCUUUUCCUACUGAAAAUAUAUCUUUUAAAAGCAAAUGAAAUAUUUUAUUAUAUCAUGGAUUUAAUUUAAGGGUUAGAAGGAGUUAAUUGUGAAAAUUUCUUUAAAAAAGAAAAAAUUAAAAGCAAAUGUUAAAGCUUUUCAUACUUAUUAAAAGCUUACAAUUUUUUAAAAAGAGUAAUUUGUUAUUACUUCACCAUUUAAAAAUAUCUUUAACUAAAAAAUAUAAAUCAUUAAAAUGGCAAUAUAUUUUUAAGCACAGGUAUUUGACCCUUUAAAUACUCCAUGACAAAACUUGGUAUCCGAUAUUUACAUGCCACAGUAGCAUUUGCAAUGGAAUUUCUUUAAUUUAUUUCUAUAUACCUCUAAUAUUUAGAUGACUUAGUGAGUGCAUUAAUUUAUACUGUUUUAGAAUAUGCUGAGGUCAUCCAAAGUCACUGGACAAGAGAAAAAAAUAGUUUUCUUUGAAUUAAACACAUACUCAAGGCACUUGGUUUCUUGAAUUAACCUAGUAAAUUUAUUACCUGGAUUUGCUAGGUUUAAAAAAUCCAAACCUUUUUUAAAACAUUUUUUGUUUUUCCCCCUUAAUAAUAAUAUUCACAGAUGAUCUUACUUUCACUUUUUAUUACGGUACCUAAAGAUGGUAAUUAUGAAAUGAACUCUCUUCCUUCUUUUGAGCUAAUUCUAAUUACCAUAUUUUCGAGGGAGAAAAAACUUAUUGCUACAAUAAACAGAUUUUUUUUUUAAAAAAAGGAUUUCUGAUACCUGUUGCCAGUUCUUAUUUAUUUGCUAGACCACGCUUUCUAGCAGAAACUUAAUAGUAACGAAAUCCCAAUUUUUUUGCGUGCAUAUUGUUAUUAUUAGCCUAUUUUAAUGGUAUACAGGUAAAAAAUCAGAACAAAAAGCAUUUUUUUAUUUUCACUACUGUGUCCAAUUAAUGAACUAAUUAAUCAAGACAUAAUACAUUGACAAAACAAGUUUUAAAUGUAGUUAAUAAAAGC